UUCGAUUUCGACAUCUAGGCAGCAGCAUGGCAUUCUAUAUCUUCACGAUCGCUUCGCUUGCUGCAGUGGUGUCAGCGGGAUACCAUUCAUCUGCCAAGAAAACUUUUGGAUCACCCGUCAAAUCAGACUUCGGUGGUAGCAUUAAAUCGCCAGGUUUUGGCGUACCGACAAGCUUUGGUUUUAGCAGCGGUGGUCUCGGAGGCAUAGCAUCGAAAAGCUUAGACGGUUUCGCAGACUACGACGGCUUCGAGGACGGGUCUGUUUUAUCGUCAGGAGGAUUUGAGUCAGGAUUCCAAUCUGGUUUCGAGUCAGGAAUAGGUGGAGCGCAUAACUUUGGUCCGUGUCCAAAAGGCCUAGAAAGGACCAUACACGGUCAAUGUGUGCCCCCGGCUGUAUCGCAAGACCUCUUCCUAUUCAAAGCCCCAUCGUACAGAGUUCACCACCAAAAAGCGCAUUUUGAACACAAACCUAAAGUUCACUUGAACCUAGUGUUCAUCAGAGCACCAACUUACGAAGGCGAGAAAACGAACCCGAUUAUUGUGCCGCCUCCAAGGCAACAGACUCUCGUAUACCUCCUCAGCAAAAAGCCUCACGGAUUCAAGCAAGAUGUCAUCGAAGUUCCUUUCGACCCAACGAAACCAGAAGUCUUCUUUGUUGACUAUAAGGACGGCGACAACCCUGUUUUGCCCGGUGGCAUUGAUCUUAGAACAGCUCUUACCCAGUCUGCUGGUCCAUCUGAUAUCGUGAUCGGUGGAGACGGAGGCUUCGGAGGUCUCGGUGGCAAAGUAGGAGGAUUUGGUGCGGGUGGCGAAAUUCAUGGACAGAGUUUGGCAGGAGUAUCUCUCGGAGGAGGUGCCUUGGGUGGAGGAUUUGGAGGCGGUAUCAGCAAAGGCGCUGGAUUGUCUGCAGGCGGCUUGGGUGUAGGUGUCGUCGGCAAGGGCGCUGGCUUGUCUGCAGGCGGCUUGGGUGUAGGAGUUGUCGGCAAAGGCGCUGGAUUGUCUGCAGGCGGCUUUGGUGGAGGAUUUUCCGGUGGGGUUGGCAAGUGCCGGAUUGUCUGCAGGCGGCUUUGGUGGAGGAUUUUCCGGUGGGGUUGGCAAAGGUGCCGGAUUGUCUGCAGGCGGCUUUGGUGGAGGAUUUGCCGGCGGGGUGGGCCUAGGUGCCGGAUUGUCCGCAGGUGGUUUUGGAGCUGGUGUUGGUAAAGGCGCUGCGGUAGAGGCUGCGGCAGGAGGAGGAGGAGCGGGGCUCGGCUUGGAAGCGUUGG